GUGGGAUUCGCGGGCGGCUCAGGGGCCGGAGGAGCGGGUGAGCCCGGGAUGAGCUGAGCGGAGCGGAGCGGAGCCCAGCGCCGGGAUGGAGGAGGCGACGGACGCCUACACCUACGGCUUCGACAACGAUACGGACUGCGAGUACGCGGAGUGGGGCCCCUCGCUGGCCCUGCUUCCCACCAUCUACCUGCUGGUCUUCCUGCUGGGCACCACCGGCAACGGGCUGGUCCUCUGGACCGUCUUCAAGGGCGGCCGCGACCGCCGGCGCUCGGCCGACACCUUCAUCGCCAACCUGGCCGUGGCCGACCUCACCUUCGUGGUCACCCUGCCCCUCUGGGCCGCCUACGCCUGGCUGGGCUACCACUGGCCCUUCGGCACGGCCGCCUGCAAGGUCAGCAGCUACCUGGUGUUCGUCAACAUGUACGCCAGCGUCUUCUGCCUGACCGGCCUCAGCUUCGACCGCUACCUGGCCAUCGUCCGGCCGCUGGCCACCGCCAAGCUGCGCUCGCGGGUCAGCGGGCUGCUGGCCACCGUGGCCCUGUGGCUGCUGGCGGCCCUGCUGGCCCUGCCCGCCCUGGUGCUGCGGCGGGCGGCCGCCCUCGGCGGGGACACCAAGAUCACCUGCUACAUGGACUACGGGGAGCUGGCGGCGCAGGGCACAGAGAGCGCCUGGGAGGUGGGGCUGGGGCUCUCCUCCACCGCGCUGGGCUUCGUGGCGCCCUUCGCCGUGAUGCUGACCUGCUACUUCUUCAUCGCCCGCACCGUGGCCACUCACUUCCGCCGGGAGCGGGCCGAGGGGCCCCGCAAGCGCAAGCGCCUCCUCACCAUCAUCACGGUGCUGGUGGCCGCCUUCGGGGGCUGCUGGCUGCCCUUCCACCUGGUCAAGACCCUCUACGUGCUGAUGGACCUGGAGGUGCUGCCCUGGUCCUGCGCCCUCCACACCUUCCUCAACAACCUCCAUCCCUACUGCACCGGCAUCGCCUACAUCAACAGCUGCCUCAACCCCUUCCUCUACGCCUUCUUCGACCCCCGCUUCCGACACGCCUGCGCCGCCCUGCUGUGCUGCCGGACCCCCGGCCCCGAUGCGGGAUCAUUACUGGGUUCCUUGGGAUGCUUCCCGUCGGAGGAGCUGCCUCCGCCUUCCUGCCGGCCCCCACCGUGUUUGGGGGCCACCGCCCAGGAUCUCCCCAUGUGGGGACAGUCCUUUGUCCAGAGAGAGGGAGUGGAGGGGGCGGCCAGGGGUCCCGGGCAGUGGGAACAGCACAGGAGGGGGUCCAAGCUCACGGUGACGGGGGAGGGGGUGCAAAAACUCCCCACUUUGGGGCAAAAGGAAGCAGGGCUGUCCCCUGGUGUCCCCGGCGUCUCGAGGGCCACCCCGGCGCGGGGGGCGGCGGGAGGGGACGCGGACAAGGCACAGUCUGGUGUCCCCGCGGGGGCGGCCGGGCCGGGGGGCCUGCCCUCGCCCCCCACCACCUGA